AUGCACGAGUCAGUGAGGUCUUUAGUCAUGUCCAGAUCUAUCGUUAAAUCAUUCCUUGAUAAUUUACUGCCAAUUCACUUUGCGAAAACUACAUUUUAUUUUUUUCUUUUGCAGUUUAAGGCGGCUCUGAGAACACCUAUCGUGGCAGAAAUCUCCAUCUUGGAAUUAGCUGACAAAUUAAACAACCACACGAAAUUUAAUUCGUAUACCAACCCAAUUGAUAUCGCAACGGUGAUAGAUUUGCUCGGAAUGCUUGUAGAAACACAGGUUGUAUCUAUACGUGAUGUAUUUUGGGAAGACGGUGAAAAUAGUUACGCUCGGACUCAAACUGAUUAUAAUCCGACAAUGUAUCAAACAAAGGCGUUUGCCCAGCUCAUCACCAGAAUUGUCGACAAUCUGUUAGACAGAAAAAACGAGGUGGCAUGGAAUGCAACAGAACCGAGCGGAACUGAGGGAGAAGCCCUCAUGUCAGUUAUGCGGAACUUUUCUGAAGUCAUAUCGAAAAGAUUGGAGUACCAUGUUAAAGACCGGAAGUUAUCAAGAGAAGAAGCCAUGAUUCGACAGGCCAAAGCUAAUAUAGCUUUCAAAAUACAGAUAUGGUGGAUCGAAGAGCCAAUAUUUACAACGUUUCCAGACCGAAUUGAUCGAGAUCUUUUCGCAUUGGAGCCUGGAGAAGGAACAGUGGAAUUACAGAAUGAAAAUCUGAAAUUGUCUCAGAACCUGAGUGGGUCACCUGUCUUUGUUGGCGUGUCCACAUUUCGCUAUCCGUCAUAUUCUCGUGUUUUACCAAAUCAUUUAUUCAAGAGGUGA